AUGAAGCCCCUUGAGAAUGACCACGCUGGGAUUAAAGCCAUCUUUGCCCUCUCGUCUUUCAACAGUCGUCCUUGGCUUCAGAGCAUGGAGAAGGAUAUGGUGCGGGACUAUUUGGCAGAACUUGAGAACAGGAAGAGCGUCCCACAACAGGUCUCUUCGACGGUGGAACGCAUCGUCGAAUACAAGACUGUGAAGGAUGACUUCAACUUUUUGUCAGACCGUGUGUUGGCGAGUGAGCAGUAUUUGAAUUCGUUGGUGUCAUCUGAGCUGACCACCUACAACAAGGGUGAGUGGAUUGCUCUCGUUCGCAACCGAGGUCGUGAUUUGGGACUUGAAGUGUAA